GUGACGAAGCCGGGAGAUGUUGAAUGGGAGCGUGCAAAGUUUCGUUUUCGAUCGUCGCUCUUCGUGCUGGUGACACUGGUGGACCACCUCUACCACAUCCACCUGCAAACCGCGAAUUUGUUCGUUACGUCGCUUCGGGAAACGCUCCCUCCUUUCCAUCCUAUCCGCAGGUUUCUCACGCCUUUCACGUAUCAGACCAUUUCUAUCAAUGACAACGCGAAGUUCAAUCUUGUGGCGCCGAGGUCAAUGGGUCCGCGCUGCUUUGCAUUUACAGAGAAAGGUCUAGAGCUAGCUUUUGCAGCAGCUCCACACAUCAUUGUGCCCGGGGCAAGCGACGUCUUCAACUUACGGGCGUACAUCCACAAGUUGAAGGCGAGUGGAGUUGACACCGAGUACUGGCGGCAGGCUCUGCAGCUCUAUGAAAUCAUGGAGCGAUUUGUUGAGGGUUAUCUGCAGUGCUACUAUGCCACGAAGAGCGACCUGGUAGCCGACCCAGAUGUGCAGCGCUUCGCCGAGCAGUUCUUCCGCUGUGCUGAGGUAGCCGAUGCCGCGAGCUUGAGCCGGCUCGAUGCACCGAAGCUCCAUGGGGCCUCAAAAAAUGCCACGGCAUCAGAUGCCUGGGAUUUCUACGUCCAGUGGAUCACUGGCGUGAUGUGGUUGGUAACAGCAGGGCAUGAGCAGAUGGGUGCAGUGGAGGUCUACGCUCAGGAUGCAUCAUGGGCAGCUUUCAAGUGGUCGCAUGGAAAGAUUCGAGGAUCCAAGCAGACCGCAACUCUACAGGCACUGUUGAUGUCAUUCACAGCAACGCCCAUGCCGAAGCUUCUUGGGGAGGACUGGUCCCACCUCUUCCCGCCAGCCAAAGCGUCGAGUAACGGAACGACUCCCAAGGAAUGCUUCAAGAAGUUCCAAGCUGAACUGGAGAGCAUGGCGGUAAAGUGUGACGACUACAACGCAAAAGCAAGCACCCGGAUGUUUCC